AUGAACGGCACGUUUUAUGAGCAGCUGGGGGGUGUAACAGGGGUAUUCGAGCAGUGGGGUGCAUGCGAAAAGACUGUGACAGCCUGUGUGCUCGCCAGACGGGUCCCUUGGCCAGGACUAAGAUUAGUGCAGCGGGCCGUAGAGGCUGCACUUAGGAAUCAUGUGGAAGACGAACGACUCCAGAGAGACGCGAAUGACGAGGCUUUGCUGACGAGCCUCCUCACUACAAGAGGGGACGAUGAAGAUGACGACGGUGGUGAUAGACUAUAUCAACUCUUAACAUUAUUACCUCUACUGAACACAGACAACGAACGUGUUAAAGACAUUUACAUGAAUGCUAUGCCAGUGUUAGUUCAAAGGUGUGUAGAUUCCCCACGAAGAACAUCGCUGGCUCCAGAAUUAUGCAGACAGCUGUUGUCUUACAUGCUGGUGCAUCCUGCAUUAACACAUCACGAUCAGAGGACAUUAACACAGUGGCUGCGUUACUUAGAGAAUCACAUAUCCGGUAACAGAAAUACAGAAAGCGUUUGGCAACAACGGAUAGACCCCUGUCUCCUUCCUGACACCAAUAUAUGGAGUACAAACAACUCAUUCAGAAGAACGAUAGGCAAAAAUGUUGAAUUUCGAUGUAUUUUAGAUCCUUUGGAUCAAUUCAACAAUGAUUUACUUCAAGAAUCAUUCUCUAAGAAUGGUCGUGAUGUUGAUUUGAAUUUAGACGGGGACAAAUUGUUAUUUGAGGCAGCAAUAGCCCAACCCAAGUCUCAAAGAUCAAAUAGUUUAACUCCACCUUCAACUAAUUUUCUUCAAAUGUCCUCAUCAGCUGAGAAUUUGAGUGAUGAGCCUUUUGUUCAGAAACCGAGGAGUUUCUCCCUCUCCAGCGAGCACAGCUUGAGCCAAAUCAGGCCCAUUAGUAUAAUGUACGGAACAACGGGCAGCGAAACCCGCUUAGAUGAUCUAAGAUCGAAUAACUUCACCGAACACCCUGGAAUGUCGACUGUUGCUCAGUGGUUGAAAAGUCUAAGGUUGCAUAAGUAUGUGUGGCUAUUCACAAAUAUAAGCUAUGAUCAGAUGAUGGCAAUGGAUGAAAAGUACUUGGAGAAGCUGGGAGUGACGAAAGGCGCUCGACAUAAACUGCUCCUGUCGAUAAAGAAGUUGAACGAGCGACCCUCCGUGAUGGAAGCGAUAGAGACAGAGCUGCAGGGCACUCCAGGGACUGCGGUCGUGGGACGAGCUCUGGAGAGGCUGCGGGGAGUGUUGCUCAGUCCGAUGCCACCUUCGACUGAACUUCCCGGCUCCAUUGUCAGGGCUUUGCAACUUGCAUCGAAAUGCCUGAACAAUUCAUCGAACAUCAACCACCGUCUGUCAGUGCCCAGCAGCGAUGAUGACCACGAGCCGCCCGUGGACCCCAUGUCCUUACAUUGCUGGCUUGUUGAAAAGGCGCUGCACCACGAGUCCUUCAGCUCGGCGAGCCUGCAGGACGGCCUCAAGCGGCUGAGGCACCGCCUGCCGCCCAGACAGUUCUACCGGCACGUGGGCGACAUGCCGCACCGACACCGACACGCCAAGCCCAGAUGGCGGAUGCCUCCACACAACGGGUACCAAAAGCCUCAAAAACGCAUAUGGAGCUGCAAACCUCAAACGGGCCCCGGUCCCCCCCACCCGCGCCCCAAGUCCCACUCCUACCCCCCGUACGUGGGCGCCGCGCCCCCCGCGCUGCCCCGCCCGCCCCCCACCCCCAACGACGAAUACUCCAGCCUCGACGCGCUGUGUCUACAGAUGACUGAACAGGCCAUUAAUUAAUGACUCUCAUUUGAAAUAUUUAAAAAAAGCAAUCGAAUUAAUUUAUUGUGUGCAGUGUCGAUAUCGCUGUAUCGACUUCUAUAACGAGCGGUUGUGUCCAGUGUUCGGUCGUCGAUAAUGUCUCAGAUCAUUUCAACUCUGAUUCAGCAAAUAGAUGGUUAUUUUUUAAAUGAUGUGGACACAUUAACGGUAUUCUAAAUGAACCAUACAUCGAAACUAUAAUUAAAGAUAAAUUGAAAUGUUGCCAACGCAACUUAGUGAUUUUUUAUUUAUUAGAUGAUAAAUCUAUUUUAUAACAUUUGACAGUUUAUCGAUAUGUUAGUAUCGUGACGAUAAUACGUAUUUAUAUUGAUAGAGCGGUCAGACAUGGCGACGCGACGACAACUCUGAUGUUUAAACUUUAAUCGAUUUUUUUGUAUAAAUAUUUUGGACUUUCGGAAUUUUGGUGUUAAGUGUAUUUCAGUGUUUUUUUUUUUAUUAUUAUAAACAUGACUGGGUAUGCGCCGGGCAGUGCCCUUAAUAAUAAUUUUAUUACGAAAGUAAAUAACUAAUAUAUAAAUGUUGACUUUUCUCUGUUGUUGAAAUAAGUUAGAUAAAAUAAAUUUAUUGUUUUUUUUUUAAUGCAUUUUAUAGUCAAAACUUUUGAAUACGUGAUUACAUACGGUUACAUAGAUUAAUAGUUAAAUUUAUUCUGGUGCUAAUUUCGCAUUGUUGUUUUUAAUUUGGAGAAGCAAUGAAAUCUUAUGUCAUUAUGCCUUCAAUAAUAUUUUAAUAAAAGUUAAAACUAUUUUUAUUUAAUGAAAAUGAAAAUUAAUGUUUUAUAAAUGGCCUAUUGUAAUACAUCGACUAUUACGUUUUAUUUUUUGUUUUUAUUUUUAUUAAAUCCAACAAAGUACCUUUCUAUGCAUGUCUGCAUUAAGUCAACAAGGAUUCAGCAUAUUAUAAAUACAAUAAAAACUUGUCGUCUAAUAGACAUGGCUAUUCUGAUUUAACAAAAUUUACACUAUUUCGGACCGAUGUUGAACAAGUCUAUAAAAACGUUGAAAAACCGAUCCAAUAAAACUAGUCUUCAAUGAUCACAACGACACUACCCACCUCCUACUUGCCGAUUUAGGACCUCAAGAUGUCUCCUGUACUUAUACUCUGAUUGUCUCCUUCAGGGCGGAGCCUGUGUGCUGCUACUGAAUAAAUGUAAAAAUUUCUUCUGUCCCUAUCCUUGUAUUUAAUAUGCGCUGAAUCCUAUAAUAUAAUUAUUUAAUUUAAUUAAUAUUCGUUAUUUAUUUAUACAUAUAUAAAUUGAGUAAUGUUUUUUAUGGUUUUCGGGAAUAUACUAUUACGUGAACUAGUAACACCCAGUGGUUAUAUUUCUAUGUAAUUGUAGGUUAUAAAAUUCGUGUAAACAUAAAUGGACGCAAUUAAACCUAAAGUAGGUAAUAUUAUGGAAUCCAAUUAUAACAAUAACUUGAGAGCAAGGCUGCUCAAUCUAACGACGCUUUUGCUACUUGAAGUUUUGAGACGUAUUUAAGCGUCAUCCAAUUUAUCAAUAGCGGUAUUGUUAGUGUUUAAAACUAUCUACUUUCCGAGCAACAACUGUUGCUAUAUCAUUAAAGUGGCUUUUUAUUUAUUUAUUUUUUAUUGCUUAGAUAGAUGGACGAGCUCACAGUCCACCUGGUGUUAAGUGGUUACCGGAGCCCAUACA